CUGUGUUCAGCCACUUUCGAGCCGUCCUCCGGCACUCUGGGACCUAACGACAGCUUGGAGAUCAAAGUCACCUUUACCUCUCACACAUAUGUGGAGCUGACGGAGAUAGCUGCUCUCUGUGAGGUCCAAGGGAUGAACUCUCCUCUUGUUCUUAGUAUCGUUGCUUCCAAAAUCAAGAAACUCAGUGUGUCCUACUCCCUGCCAAGUGUCUGCUCUCCCUCAGGUGAUGAGAGCCCCUCAGCGCUGGCACUUGACUUUGGAGACGAUGUUAUUCUGAAGAGAGCUGUUACCAAGCAGUUACUGAUAACCAAUCAAACUGCCAUCCCUGCGGCUUUCACCAUCGAAGCAGAGUAUUUCAACUGCCAUGCCUCGAAGCCCAAUAAGCAGUCAGGGAAAAGAUCCACAUACGUCAAGAAGCCGCUGCACUCUGUUCAAGCCAAGAAAGUAGAGGAAAAAGCACAAGAGGAGUUUGUGAGCGGCCUGCUGGCUCAUGGGAAAGGAGCCGCUUUCUUGGUCCUUCCUCAAAAUGGGAUUCUGGGAGCUUUUGAGACGCAGACUGUGGACGUCACCGCCUACACCGAGAUGUGGGGGGAAUACAGAGAUCUCCUCGUGUGCAAAGUAUGA